ACACGCAGGGAGAGGAGUGCGGCCGCCGGGCUUUGGCACUGAGUUUGUCGGAAAGUAGACAGUUCCAGCUAGUCCCGUUCCCACUCCUUUAACAGCAGCGCACACUCACUCACGCACACACACUCUCACCGCCAAAUGCCGGGAAUCAUGACGACGAAGUUAUUGCGAAGUGAUGGAAUGAACCGUUUUUGCUUCUCAUAAAAAGUUGGCAUCGUUCCUCGUGCCUCAAACCCUGACGAGACGAGAGAGUUGGGGGGGAGAGACUUUAUUUUGAGGAGGACGCGAAGAGGACUGAUUAACGGAGUGUGUGUGUUGCGCUUUGGUCGAGGGAGAAAGUUGGAAGGAGGGGCAGUCACGUUUGAGAAAGGGUCGAGGGGGAAGGAGGAGCGGGCUGGGCUGGGUGGUUUGAGUGGAGCCAGGGGCAGAGCCAGGCGAGCGUGGGACAUGGCGGCGGCGGCGGCGGGAGCAGGAGGGAUCAGCACCCUGCCCACACUACCUGAUGCUGGCGCCAACCCCUUCCCACCGGGAGGGUUCAAGGACCCCAAGAGACUCUACUGUAAGAACGGCGGCUAUUUCCUGAGGAUCUUGCCGGAUGGCAGGGUUGACGGAACCCGCGAGAAGAACGAUAACAACAUUAAACUACAACUGCAAGCUGAAUCUAUUGGAGUCGUAUCCAUCAAGGGCAUCUGUGCUAAUCGAUAUCUUGCUAUGAGUGAAGAUGGCAGAUUGUAUGGAUCGAAAUUGCCAACCGACGAAUGCUUCUUUCAUGAACGAUUGGAGCCAAAUAACUACAACACCUAUCGCUCAAAGAAAUAUGAAAAUUGGUAUGUUGCUCUCAAAAGGACUGGACAGUACAAACUCGGACCAAGAACUGGACCAGGACAGAAGGCGAUUCUGUUUCUGCCAAUGUCUGCAAAGUAUUCAUAAUCCAAUCCCAGCUUUUUCUUUUUAAUUUAAAGAGUGAUGAUUUAACUUUUGAUAUGACUGUUUUAUUGCUGUGAAAGGUAUAAAUGUAUACAGUAAAGUGUCACCAUGGUCUUGUGUUGUUUGGGUAGUCUUACAAACUGCAGUAUAUGAACUGUGCACUAUCAAGCUACAUAAAAUGUGAUUUUAAUAAAGCAUCAACACAUCCUUGGUUCUUUAAAUGGUACAGUCAUAAACACUAAUUUAAUAAUGUUCUUUGUAUAACCCAAUAUAUUGGUUUAUGUAAUAAUUGUUAAAAUGUAACAGCUGUAUAAUUUGAUUUAAAGAAGCAGUCGAUGCAGAGUAUUUGGGAGAAUGGAUACAUACACUAAUGUGUGGCCACUGGUCAAAUGUUGUUUGAUUGGCUUAAAUUAUUUGAUUGCAAGCAUGAAAAGAAUUCAGAAUUUUGUUUUCAUAUCCAGAUACUUCUGUACUGCCAGAUUAAAAUAUUUUUGGUUUUUAUAUAAACGGUAAUAAUUAAUUGGUUCGUUGCUCCAUGUGAUAUUCAUGACAUUCUAAAUAUGUAACCUUCUGCAUGUACCAUCAAUCCCCAUCAAAAGGUGUGGGGAAAGUGCUCCUUGUUCAGUUAGGAAUGCAAUUUUACUUCCAUACAGUUCUGCAUGUUUAGAAAAUUAUAGAUCAAAGUAACCACAAAUGUAGAUUGUAUAAUAGAGAUUUUUAUAAAUUUAGUUUGCUCCUUAGUUCUUCAUGGCUAUGGCCGUAAUCAUCUGGAAAAGCUAUCUUAUAAAUAUUUGCUAAAACCCCACAUGUUUUUAUUUUUUAAAAGGAACCCUUUCGUAUUACAUGCUUUUUCUGAUACAUUGAAUAUACACCAUUUUAUAUUGUGAAAUGUUACAGUGAAGGGAUUUGUAUAUCUAACAUGUUCAGGACUAUGUGAGACUAUACUGAGUCUCAACUAAAUAUUGUUCAACUAAAUAUAAAACUUCAUCCUCACAAAAAUAGUUUCUUUAAAUGAAUGGAGUCCAAAUUCAUUUGGUACUGGUUUAUUAGUGGGAGGUGGACCAAGAUACAGUGACCAACAUUUUUCCAUGCUAACCAGACAAAU